CCGGGAUCUAUCAUGAUGUCGCACAGGGCAUGGGAGGCGGAUCGUGGGUCCUUAUCUGGCUAAUGAAUAUGGACGGUUUCACUGCGUAUCAUGAUCAAACGCCCACAACUGGAGCCAGACCUCUUUGCUUUUUGGUUCCUACUAUGAUUCCUGCGGGUAAAAUACUAAAAUUAGCCCCACAGAUCCACUGCGGUGCGCUUGCGUUUGCAAAAUUUGGCCUAUCCAAACGCCCGCUCCCUAUUAUAUCUUCUCCCCCAGACCGCCGUGCCUUCGUUUCUUCGCUCGUGCCCGCACUUCGUCUUCAUCUCCUCAUCUGACCUAUCUGAUUCAACAUGGCAAAGGAACACUCUCUUCCCUACAUCAACUUCCUCCACUCGCCCACCAUCUCGCUUCAAGCGAUGGAGGCAGGUCGACCAUUCCAUAUCCACCGAGACCUUCUAGCGAGCAAGUCAAAGAGUAUCAGUGCAGCAUUCGAACGCGGAUUCCAGGAGGAGCUGAAGGGUGUUUAUACCUUCCAAGAUACCUCAGAGGGAACACUUGCCCGGUUCAUCGAGUGGGCCUAUACUGGCGAUUAUCCGGCCAUUAUCGUCCCUGCCCAGCCCACCGGAGCGCCGGCGAAGAAAGAAGAAGAGAGCAAUGAGACGGACAAACUCCUCACGGCUAUCGGGGGCCAACCAACGGCUACCUCCAUGCCGGGCAACCAUCAGCUCCCGGCACAUAUGCGGAUAUACAUAUUCGGCGCGAUCUACCUCAUCCCUAAUCUGCGAAGUCUGGCCUUUGAGCGCGUAACUGCGUGCUUUACUGAGCUCGACAAACCCGAAGAUCUCGAUACCCAGCUUGCUGUCAUCGCUGCACUUCGACUUGCCUUUCGGAAGCUAUUGUCGGAUGACCCGCUGCUUGAUUGGCUAGCGCAGUAUGCCGCCUAUAGUAUUGAGAAGCUCCGUGUACAGAGAGACUUUCAUGAUCUCCUGCUUGAAUCUCCUCAGCUGAGUUCGCGGAUGGUGCUCUCGUUAAUUCCGGGCCAACAGCCGCCGUGGAAGUCGCCCCCGCCCAAGUUUACAUUCGGCAAAUAUGUGCCCGGGACGGAGUAUGACGUUGAGUCGGAGUAUUAGUGGUCUCACCGGUUGGGGACGGAAGAAUUUCUUUGAGGGUGCAGCCGACAAGCUGAGCAUGCAUCUUUUACCUUUGAUGGCAAGAAACAAGGGAUGGAUCUACAGAAUGCACACCACUUACCCUGCAGCUUGUGGAAUGUGACUAGAAACUAAGCCUUUGCUCCUUGUACCGUUUACUGGCCCCACAUCAAAUGAUCACCAGGGUUCUCCCCCUAAACGUUCUAUAGAAUUCUUCGUCGAGGCUCUAGUCCUUUACUAAAAUUCUUCACCACGGAAGGCUUAAGCCGUGGCGACCAUCGCGCCGUCCAACUACAUAAUCUGGCUUGCGCUACGGCUGCAGGUUUUAUUUCCCUUUCCGUUCUCUCUUGUUCCAUCUUCU